CAUGAUCAUAAAUUCCACUGUAAAGGAACCUCUCAGACCAGAUGCUGGCAAAGAUGAGUGCUCUCUCUGUUUCCAGUGACACCCACAACAACUCCUUCCUCAACAUGCCCACCAUCAAGUUUACCAAGCUCUUCAUCAAUGGAAAUUUUGUUGAUUCCAUAUCAGGGAGGACAUUUGAGACUAUAGAUCCAAGAACAGAAGAGGUAAUUGCAAGAGUGAGUGAGGGAGACAGAGAAGACAUUGAUGUUGCUGUUGCAGCAGCACGUGAAGCGUUCGACCGAGGUCCAUGGCCUCGCAUGGCUGCCUCUGAGAGGGCAAAGAUAAUGAUGAAAUGGGCCGACCUAAUUGAAGAAAACAUAGAAGAAGUAGCAGCAUUAGAUACCAUGGAUGCUGGAAAGUUGUAUUAUUCCAACAAGUUUGGAGAAAUUCCAGCAGCAGCAAAUCUUCUGCGUUACUAUGCAGGAGCUGCUGAUAAAAUUCACGGCGAAGUACUAAGAGUGAACGGAAAUUUCCAUGCAUAUACACUGAUGGAACCGAUUGGUGUUGUGGGACACAUAAUUCCCUGGAAUGCACCCAGUCACUCAUUUUUCAUCAAGGUUAGCCCUUCCUUAGCAGCAGGCUGCACCAUGGUCCUCAAGCCUGCCGAACAAACACCUCUCUCUGCUUUGUUCUAUGCUCAUCUUGCUAAGCUCGCUGGAAUCCCAGAUGGAGUGCUGAAUGUAGUACCCGGAUUUGGCCCAACUGCUGGUGCAGCAAUAAGCUCGCACAUGGAAAUUGAUGCGGUCAGUUUUACUGGUUCAGUUGAAGUAGGGCGCGAAGUGAUGCAAGCUGCUGCUAGGAGCAAUUUAAAACCAGUUUCACUUGAAUUAGGAGGCAAGUCUCCUCUCAUUAUUUUCGAUGAUGCUGAUAUAGACCAGGCAGUGGAGCUUGCAAUCAUGGGCAUCAUGUAUAACAAGGGAGAAGUUUGUGUUGGUAGUUCUCGCGUGUAUGUCCAGGAAGGGAUCUAUGAUGGAUUUGAAAAGAAAUUGGUGGAGAAGGCAAAAGCUUGGGUCGUUGGGGAUCCUUUUGAUCCCAAAUCGCAGCAAGGGCCUCAAGCUAGCAAGGACCAAUUCAAGAAAAUACUUUCCUAUAUUGAGCACGGAAAGAAAGAGGGUGCAAAACUUUUGACCGGAGGUAACAGAGUUGGCGAUAAAGGUUGCUACAUUGAACCCACAGUUUUCUCCAACGUAAAGGACGACAUGGUUAUAGCACAAGAGGAAAUAUUCGGCCCUGUAUUGGCAUUGAUGAAAUUUAAGACAAUAGAGGAAGCAAUUAAAAGUGCGAAUAAUACGAAGUACGGUUUAGCAGCAGGCAUUAUGACAAACAAUUUGGAUACAUCAAACACAAUGUCAAGAUCUAUUCGUGCAGGCAUUAUUUGGAUAAACUGCUAUUUCGUUGCGGGGAGUGAAGUUCCUUUUGGAGGGUACAAGAUGAGUGGAUUUGGAAGAGAUUUGGGCAUGGAGGCCCUUCACAAAUACUUGCAAAUUAAAUCUGUUGUUACACCUAUUCGCAAUUCUCCUUGGCUUUGAAUAAUUCAACACCCAUAUGUCUGUCUCUUUCUAUUUUCGCAAUAAGUUAUGCUUUAACUCCUUAUGUAAUGUCAUUUAGAAAAAACACUUUGUUUCUUCUAUUAUCAACUAUAUAUGAAUGCUUCUUUUUGUU